AUGACCAAGCGCAAGGAACUGCCAGAGUCAUCGAGCGACGACGAGGGUUACGUGGCGCCACGCGGCCCAUCCAGCUCUCCUGACAAGCCUCUCGGAAGGUCCAGCGGAAAAAAGGCCGCAAGACGUGCGGAGCCUGAGGAAGACAGUGAGAGCGAAGAGGAGCCCAUAAGGGCGAAGGCACAACAAGGAAUUAAAAAACCAAAGAAGAAGCUCCCGCCACCGUCUGAGACUAAAGGGCCCAAGAAGCCCAAGCGUACCGCCCCCGCGAAAUCAGCCAUAGAGGAUGAUAUGGACACCGGCGACGUCAAAACAGGCGUGACUGCGACCGGAGAACGCUAUAUCGAACUGAGCAAGAAACGGAGGGCGACGGUCACAACCUUCAAAGGCGGAAAGUUCCUAGACAUUCGGGAGUACUAUGGGGACGAAGAUGACUUGAAACCCGGCAAGAAAGGCAUCUCUAUAAACCGAGAGCAGUGGGAGACCCUCAAGAAGGGAGCGGCCGCUAUCGAUGCGUUCUUUGCCAAGCUCAACAAAUGA